UAUUCCUACAUUGCAGGGAGUUGGACUAGUUGAUUCUCAGGGUCCCUUCCAACUCUACAAAUCUGUGAUUCCAGAAGACUAUGAAAUUAGCUGCAAAAAAAGGACCUUUCAGGGUUGUUUGGUGGACAUGUAAUUCUAAAUGCAUGGCAAAGAAAUGUCUAGGCUGUUAAUCUGGAGAUCCAAACAAUGCUAAGUCAUACGAUGUCAAUUCCUGGUCAUUGCACUAAGGCUAAUUAGGUCCUUCAACAGGGCUCUGCAGGCCUAGCAGGGCCCAGACUAACAUACGUUGGUAGGAGUGGUGUAUACAUACAAAUCGUGAUGCAUGCCAUUCCAUCACACCCAUCAAAGGGAUUUAAUAGGAUUUCUUUAAAAAGAAUAUCUAUCAAGCUUGGGACUUAAGGCACAACAUGUCAUUCCCACUGCCUUCACAUACAGCCUUCAAUAACUGCUAUUCUGCUAUUAUUAGUACUUCAUUCUAGAUGAAAGGGAAUAUUGACUUUAUCAAAAGAUUUGCAUCACUUGCCCCUGGUGGUGGUGGGAUUAUAAACAGUGAGGUCUGAAUAGGGAUGGGAAAUAAAUUAUUUCAGUUUGCAUUUUAAAUGUGAAAAUGCAACACCCCCCCCCCAAUGAACUGAAACAUAGCUCUCUUGAAAACUGCACUUCUUUGAAUUUUGCAGUGCACUCCUUAUGCAAAGGAUGUGUAUAGAAUUAUAUAAGGCACACUCUUCUAUUGUCUCCCGAGACAGAGGAUGCCAACCAAUAUUAGUAAAAAGGGUCCCAUAGGAUGAGUGUAUUAGUGGAAAGGAUGUAUUAGUGGAAAGGAUGUAUAUUAAGGGGAAAUUGCUUUAAAAAAAUUAUUUUCUAGGCAAAAUUGCAUACAAAAAUAUGUAUAUUAAGAGAAAGUAAAUGCACACAAAAAUGUGUACAAACUGUCCUGUAGACCCUUUAAAAAUGUUUGCAGUUAUAUUAGGAAAUUAGAGUGAACCAAACUUAAGAAUGGAAAAAUGAAAAAUAGAGAGAAACUGAAACUAACAUAUUCAUACAUCUCUUGAGGGAAAUAAAAUGCAAGUACAGAUACUGACAAUUCAAUUAGAGCUAGUAAUAUCCUUUGUACAUUUAAAAAGAUGUGAGCAGAUCAUGCAUUUCUGCUAAAAAAUUAAAAAGCAGACCCUGAAAGACUAAAGAAGCCUCCAGUUGAGAUAGAUUUCAGGACACUCGUAGCUCUGGUGUUUGGGGCUUUUAAAUUUAGAAUAAGUGGACUGUAAAAUUACCCCUGGUAUGUAGAAAGGGCCGCUUCAGACUGCUGUUUUAUGGUAAGUGGUGGAGCAACAUGUUGUUGAUACAUUAAUAGUGUGAUAUUAGUGGAUGUAUACUGGAUUGCCUACACAUAAACUCACUUUAUCAGUUAUUCUGCAAUGCUUCCCCAAUGUUCCCCCAUUAUUGCAUUCAGACUUUAACAGUCCGUUCCAUCAUCCAUGCUCCCAGCACCUUGAAUUCUCUCACUCUUUUUUUAGUUACUCGUGCACCCAUAAUUUCAUCUGUACAUUCAUACAUAUACUAGUGGCCAAAAUUGUGGAAACCUUUUGGAAAAAGUGUAUUUCCGAGGUUUGAUGGCUCAUAACACCACUGUUUUUUGGAGUAAUACCAUAAAAUUAUAUAUCAAUGGAAAGAGAAUUUAAUGAAGAAUGUAAUGCAGUAACUUUUAUGAAGGAUUAUUUAUUACAACAGUAGUCAUAAAGAAGAAACGUGAAACACAUAGAAAAAAUGAGAUAUACAAUACUUAGUUGAGUAUCCUUUAGCUUUACAACGCCUUCCCAUGGUCUGAACCAAGUUUUUUUUAGUUCUGCAGCUGUAAUAAUGUGAAACCAAGAUUGAAUUAUUGCCUCUAUUAAUUGGGUUUUAUUGCUGGGUUGCUUCUGGCAAACAAGUUUCUUUAGUCGGCUCCACACUUCAAACCAUGUUCAUGGCAGCUUACAACAUUUUUUAAAAUGCAUAACCGCAACAUAACAAUAGUAGUCGUAAACAAUAAAUGAAACAUUGACAAAAUACACAACCCAACUAAAAAAUUAUCACAAGACCCAACAGCAACAACCCUCCCAACAACCCCCACCCCCCCAAAAAAACAACAACAGCCCAGCCUAGGAGUCUGUUCAGCAGCCUCAGCUUUUGUAGCUGGUCAGUCAGGGCCUCAGCCCCCUAUCCCUCAAGCCAAGUGGGAAAAGCCUGCAAUUUUUUUUUACACUUUUUAUGUUUAGGCUAUGAUUGCUUUGCUACACCAUUGCUCAUUUCCACCAAACGGAACAAAACAAAACACCCACUCACCAAGAAACAAAAGCCCACAUGAAUGCUGGUAUCCGGCAUCAGCCUGAAGUAUAUGUGAGUGGUUACAUCACAACGAAGCAGAUACAAUGCAGCACAUUGCCAAGGCCCCCUUGUGCUAUAGCGCAAUUAGAAGCUGGAAUAAAAAGAAGACGAAAUAGAACAUUUGUAGUGUAUGGGAUUUCAGGUGGAAACGACUGGACAUACAAUGCAAAGUAGUGUGACUGCCCCAAAACCUUUGAGGGCGCAAAUCGUAUUUACUUCAGGCGCACAGAUAACCACCCUGAUACCACCAAGUGUAUUAUGAAUGCACAAUAAAUAGGGUGAAGGUUUUCUCCCAUUCUCAUUCUACUAGAAUCUGGAGUGAACCAAUGAAACUGGACGUUGGAAGACUCAGGACCUACAAAUGAGAAUUCUUCUUCACACACUGCAUAAUUAAGCUAUGAAAUUCACUCCCAUGGGGUGUAGUGAUGGCCCCAGGGCCUGCCCGAUACAUUUUGGUGCCUGAGACAAACCACAAAAUGUUGCCCCCCCCCUGCCAGGGAAGAAGUGGCAAAUGAAGACCUACAUCAGGAACAAGGAGGGACUAAAGAUCUACAUUGAGAUCUGCUCCCCUAAAGCUCUGCUGUGGAAUUCCAGUGAUGAGACUGUUCAGGUCCUACUUGAGAACUUCUCACAAGCAUCUGGUUGGCCACUGUGAGAACAGGAUGCUGAACUAGACAGGCCUAUGCUCUGGUGCUCUAUUUUUCUAUGGUCAUAUGCUAGCAAUUUCCAACAACACGUUGCUUGUUUUCUUGUUGACAUACAUUACAAUGUGCAGGGAUGCAAAGAAACUUCUGGGAAGUCUUCAAAAAGUUAGUCUGCAUGUCGUUUUUUGGGUGCGUUUUAAAACAAGAUAAGCAGAUAUUUACAUGCUCCAACCCACCACUCUGUUCCUUUGUGGAAAUUGGGAAAUUAGUUUGUUUCAACUGAAAUCGUCCUUAUGGGAAAAUUCAUCCGCUUUGGAGAACAGAAAAGAACAAAAACUCAAAAACAAACAAACCCAAUGCUGACACCCAGAUACUUCUUAACUCUGGACCAAAGUCCCCACCCUGCCAAGAUCUCUUGGCUUGAACAUGUUUUUCAUGCUCCCAGCUCAACAGCCUGGUAUGUUCCAGCCAGUGAAGUCCUACUGAAAGUCCAAAUUAGGUUGCAAGUUCAGCAUGCUUUUUGGCUUAUCACCCAGGAAAUGUGGGGGCCUACCGCCAUCUGUUGGUAAGUCUCUUUCACAGCAGGUGCAGCUUUAAAAAAGGAACACAAAACAAUCUGUUUUGUCUUGCACUUUUUCAAGCUUUCAAGUGACAUGAAACUUUCCCUCAGUCCAGGUGGAAAGAUUACUAAGUCUUUAGCAUGGGAGACCAUUCCCUUAGAUGUGCAAUAUUCAAGACAUUUCAGAGAGACAGGGGCGUAGGAAGAUAGGGGUGGUGGGGGCGGUGCACCCCGAGCGACGUGAUCCCAGGGGCGCCAUCGCCGCUGCCCUCUCUGCCCCCCAAACGCACGCCCCGUCACUGCGCACAGCGCCCCCCACCCCAAAACGUGCGACACGUCAUUGCGCACGGUGCGCCCCGCCCCCAGAACAUGCGCCACAUCACUGGGGGCAGCGCGUAUGCUCUCCGCCCCCGGUGAUGGAGCAUGAAGCUCCACUGCUGCAGAGAGACUGUCUAAUUAUAAAUAUCACACACACACACACACACACACACACACACCACAUGCAAAGGUUAAGGAGAAUUCUGAAAGAGAUGAAAGUUUGCAAUUCUUGGAGUGGGGGGGAGAUAAUUUUUCUUUUUGUUCCCCUUUCUCAAGAAAUCAGGAGUGUUUCUUAAUCUGAAUAUUUAAAGGCCUUUCUGCACAACUGGUCAGGAUUGCAACCUUCUGUUUGAGCCUACAGAGAAAGAGGGGAAAGGGGUAGAAUCUGGCAGCCUAGAUGAAAAUUGGGGAAGGGGGGGCAGAGAAAAACAUGCCUUCCCCCUCUUCCCCAACUCCUGAAGCGCCCCUCAAGACCUGAACAGCACUAGCUUCCUACUCAAAGCUCUCAGGUCAGGUGUCCUAAAAAGCACCCCUCCUACAGGGUGGGAUGCACUGCAACAUUGUGUUGCAGUUCUUAGAAGAUUUUUUAAAAAAAUACUAUGCACAACUCACAGCACAUUCCUAUUGGUUUAAUGGGGCUUACUCCGAGCUAAGUGGGUAUAGGAAUCCAGCCUGAAGUUAAUACAGUAUAUAAAAAAGAAUUACAAAUUUCAAGAAGAGGAAUAGAUUAUUUGUACUUAUAAGAGAAAGAACAUUUGGAAAGCUGCCUCAUACUUUUGAAGCGAGUGUGAUAUUAUAUUGUUCAUAUUUGAUAUUUAUUAAUAAUUUAUUUGAAGGUGGGUGGAGUUGUUUUUGUUUUUGCAUUUAUACAUAUUGUGUAUAUUGUAUAAUUUAUUGUAUAAUUAAAUAUACAAUAUUGUUGUUAAUGUUUAGUUGUUUAGUCGUGUCCGACUCUUCGUGACAUAUUAGCAAAUGCAUUCAAAUGUUGAAUUGUACUACGGUAAUCUGUAGAGUGUAAUCUAUACUUUUUGCAUAUUUCACUUUUUGAAGGAUAACAUGUACAAUAAACUAAUUUGCAAACAAGCAGAACUCAACAUUUCUUUCCCACCGCAUCUUUUUGCUGUUGUGCAGUUGAACAGAACCAUAACCAGGAAAAGGGUGGGACUGUUUCCCUUUGAAGGAGAAUGUUGGCAAACUGGAUUCACUUGGGUUGUAGUGAUGGGCAAAACAGAUCUCUUUGGGGAGUGCUCCUUUGGGGGGGAAGGCCAAUACAUAAAUGAAAUAAAUAAUCAAAACAGAAUAUUAAAAAAUACCCCUAAAGUCAAGGGAAGUGUAUGUCAAACCUCCUAAACCAGCAUAGGAAUAUAAUGAAACCGUCUUCUUCUUUUUAAAUUGAACAUCAAGUUUUGUGUAAGUAGAAAUGAACUGAGUAACGACUGCACCUGCCAUAGGCUUUACUUUCUGUAAAACCAAGCUGUAUGCACAGAUGCGUAGAAUCGCUACCUGUUGUACUGUGAAAAGUCAUAAUUUUUGCCCACUUCUAGUGUAUAAUUAUCCCUGAAACAGACAGGCUUUUAAAGAGAGAAAUAACAGCCAGGCAGAUCUGGCUUUCUAUCGCCAUUCCUAGAAGUUUCAACAGCUGCUAUACAGUACUGCAUAGUGCGGCGUUUUCGGAUCCAACGUUGAACUGUGCAGAGCUUGAAUCUUACCAGCGUGGGCACAGAAUGCGCUUCUGAACAACUUGCAAGCGUUAAAAGCGCGUUUUCUCAUCAGCUGAAAACAAAGACAAGGCAAAGCCUCUAGAGGCCGCUUGAUCUGGCAGAGACUCGAUGUCCUUCGCCCCAUCCUGUUACUUAUUUGCCCGUUCUGGGAAGUUCGCCUUCGCCGCGGCCGUCAACCUCCGCAGGGCUUCUGGUUCCGUCUAUUUCGGCAAGCGAUCGCAUCUUCGAAAGGGGUGGGCCCUGAGCCGCCUGUGAGGGGCGGGGCUUUCCCUAAGCACCGCCCCCUGAUGACUUCGUGCGGCUCCGCUUUGUUUAGCCCAGCCCAGCCCAGCCCAGCCCAGCUCGGCCGGGACGGGUGAUUGACACGGACCAAAGUUAUCCCGGAAUAAAGGAAGCACGCAUGUGCCAUCACACCGGAUGUGAACAUGCUCAUUUGGCCUCCUCCGCCUCCAUCACCCAGGAGCUCGCUUUGUAAAAAUAAAAAAUAAAAAAAAUCUGAAGGGGGUGGGGAGGCAGCAAUCGUGCCAAGCCGUGCUAAACCGGUUUAUUCCGUGCUGCGGCUUCCCCAGCAGGAGAAAAAGAGAGGGGGGCAGGAUAAAUGCAUUCGCCCCUCGUCCCGCUUCCUAAAGACGAUCCCCGACAGUAAAGCUUUAGCACCAAUAAACUGAAGCGGGUCAAAUCCGUGCCAGCCCCAGAUGAGGGUUUCAAGCACUCCUUGCGCCUUGCCGGCCGCUUCUCUCUAAUGCCCGUCCCCUGCGCUUCCUGCUGCUGUUGGGGAGCUGCUGGGCUUCCCCGCGCCGAGGGGGCGGCGGCAGGUUCAGAGGCCGGGGGGCGAGCAUGGAUUUCCGAGGGAAGAAGUACGAGCGGGGCAGCAACUGGUCGGACCCCGAGGUGGUGGAGCUGCUGCACUUGUGGGCCGACGAGUCGGUGCAGGCGGAGCUGGAGAGCUGCCUUCGGAACCAGCACGUCUUCAACCGGAUCGCCGAGGUGCUGCGGGAGAAGGGCAUCCACCGGACGGGCGACCAGUGCCGGGAGAAGAUCAAGAAGAUGAAGCUGGAGUACCGCCGCAUCAAGGAGAACAACAAGGCCCCUCGAGGGGGCAGGACUUGGAAGUUUUACGACGUGAUGGAUCGGGUCCUGGCCAGCCGGCCGUCCCUUGCCUACAGCGCCGCCGCCGCCAACAGCAGCAGCAGCGGCGCCUUACUGAUGGCGCAACAAGUACUGCCGCCGGGGAGCCUGGUGGAGAGCUACCGUCCCCACUUGGCACCCUCGUCGGCUCUGCCCUUCCCGCCCUCUCAGCCCCCGGAGCUGAUGGAGAUCAAAUGCGAGGAGGUGGAUUCCGAGGUGGAGCAGUGCUUGACGCCGGAGCCUCCGCCUUCUCUCACUUACCAGCCGGGGGGCUCCCCCGAGGAGGAGAGGGCCUUUUUGGACGACUCGCCCCUCUCCAGGCUGGAGAUGCCCAUCGAGACCAGUGUCUCGCCCUCAGGUUUCAGUGAACCCAACAUGGCUUCGUCAUCCCGGAUCCAAAGUCUGGGGCCACGGCCUGGCUUUUCCACCCUGCACCGCCUGCGGAAGAAGCGGAAAGCCCAGCGGCUGAAGGAUCCCCUGGACGCGCUCUUGCUGAAGACCCUGGCGGCGCAGCGGGACAUGGAGGAGCGCUUUCUGCAGAUGGAGGAACGGCGGCUCCAACGGGACCUGGAGGCGGAGGAGCGGCGGAUACAGCUGGAGCAGCGACGAUUUGAACUGGAACGGGACCACGAAUUCCGCAUGUUCAACGUCUUCGCCCAGAUGCUCAGCAUCCUAAAACAAAGCAAUAACGGCUCCUUUGCAAGUGGGCUGCCCCAGGGCAUGGACCUUAGCCAAGCAUUUUCCGAUAGCACUGGGGCAGGAGAAGGGGCACAGCAGGAAGUGAGGACCACACAGCUGGUGCGGCCCGUCUUGGACAGGACAGCCUAUGUGUUCGAUUUCUGCAACCAUAGUGAUUUCCAAAGCAGCCCCUACCUCUCGGUCCGAGGCAAUAUUGCCAACGUCUUCAGGGGCUCCACAGAGGAAGGGUACAGGGCCUAUCAUGCCGACAAGUAUGAAGAGGACAAAAACCCCACUGGCAUCAUUAAUUUUGGCACCAGUGAGAACAAGCUGUGCUUUGAUCUGAUGUCCAAGCGGCUGACGCAAAGUGACAUGAACGUCAUAGAACCUCCACUGCUACAAUACCCUGACUGGAAGGGCCAUAUGUUCUUGCGAGAGGAAGUGGCUCGAUUUUUGACCUAUUAUUGCAAGGCACCUGCACCUCUUAAAGCAGAAAAUGUGAUCAUACUGAAUGGCUGCGGCUCUCUGUUUUCUGCUUUGGCUACUGUUCUCUGUGAUCCAGGGGAAGCCUUCCUGAUCGCUACUCCUUUCUACGGAGGCAUCACCCAAAGUGUGUUUCUCUAUGGGAAUGUGAAGCUGGUCUAUGCCCAUUUGGACAGUCAGGUCACCGGCACCUGCAACCGUCCAUUCCAGCUCACUGUGGAAAAGCUAAAGAAGGCCUUGCAGGAUGCACAGUCAGAGGGUGUCAGAGUAAAGGCUUUAAUUCUCCUGAACCCCCAUAAUCCCUUGGGGGACAUCUAUUCUCUCUCUGAGUUACACGACUUCUUGGAAUUUGCAAAAAGGCAUGAGCUGCACGUGAUAGUAGAUGAGAUCUACAUGCUGUCAGUUUUUGACGAUUCUGUCACAUUCCACAGUGUGCUUGAAAUGGACAGAUUUCCUGAUCCGCAGAGGACCCAUGUGAUGUGGGGAAUUACUAAGGAUUUUGCUUCCGCUGGGAUUCGCUUUGGGACACUGUACACGUUGAAUCAAGAUGUCGCCAAUGCUGUGGCCUCCUUGUGCUACUUCCACGGGGUCUGUGGGCCUGUCCAGUACAAAAUGGCCCAGCUACUCAGAGACAGAGACUGGAUCAACCAGGUGUACUUACGGGCCAAUCACGAAAGGCUAAAAGCUGCCCACACUUUUGUGACAGAUGAGCUCAAGACCCUUGGGGUUCCCUUCCUGAACCGCAAUGCAGGCUUCUUUGUAUGGAUUGAUUUCAGAAAGUACUUGCGAAGAGGAACAUUUGAAGAGGAAAUGCUGCUCUGGAGGCGCUUCCUGGACAACAAAGUCCUGCUCUCUUGCGGUAAAGCUUUUGAGUGCAGCGAGCCUGGCUGGUUCCGCAUCAUCUUUUCGGACAAGAUACAUCGGCUGCAGCUAGGCAUGCAGAGGGUCCGUGAGGUUCUGGAAGAACACGAGCAUGGAAUCCUGAAUGAAGGUAAAGACCAGUCUUGUGAGUCUGACUCGGAAGGCAAAGUGGACAGCGCAGACGAAGUGAUAUUUGUGUCCCAACAUCAGGAGCCAGCGUCAGCUGGUGGCUCCAGCAUCAGCGAUCUCAUUGGCCUCCUGCAGCAGCAAAUGCGCUCGUCCGACUGGCUGCAGAAGAAUACGGUGGAACAGUUUGCCCAGGAGAAACCAGAGGUCUAUGAUGUUUUCCGCAAGUUGGUGGGCAAGCAGUAGACGGUUUUGGUGCCUUUCCACAGGGAUUGCCGCUGGAAGUUCUUGCUGCUCGGCUUUGACUUACCUAAUGAUAUAUUUUCCAUAUAGCAGGAAGCCGUUUGUAAAUCUCCUUCCUGUGGCCAUCUUCUCAUCAUUCUAUUAAACUGGGGCCAACUACAAAUGGGUGGCUUUUAUUCUGCCUCCACCCUUUGCGUUACACAGUUUUUAAUUUUUUGUUUCUAAUUACCAAGCUUAUGCUCUCUUGUGCAGACUGGUUUUCUUCACUGGUUUUCAAUUUUUACCCCUAAAGAACUUCUCUCUUACUAUUAUUAUUUUUACAUCCUCCAUGAUCCAAAAUGAAAUCGAAGUACAAUUCGCUGUGACCUAAGUUGAAUAUUUCAUUAACAAGUUGUUUUAAUACAGAACUUAGAGGCAGAUUUAAAUGUGCCCCAUCUCUGAUAAUCUACUAUGAGUAAAUAAUCAGUGUUUGUACAUAACUCAACUGGUGAGUAUUUGUUACUAACAACACUGAAUUCCAGUCAAUACAUUUGUAGUAGGAACAUAAGAGAAGGUUGCUAGAUCAAGCCAAUGGCACAUCUAGUCUGGCAGCCUGUUCUCACAGUGGCCAACCAGAGGCCCAUGGGAAGCCAACAAGCAGGAUCUGAGUGCAAAAGUCCUCUCUCCACUUUUGAUUUCCCACAACUGGUAUUCAGAGGCUUACUUAAUGCUUCCUGCUUCUUAAGCAGGGUUGAGCACUCCCCUCUAGCUCUUUUCCUCUCAUACUUGAAUAUCCCUUAAAUGUUUCAACCAUGGUUACUUGUAAUGGCUGCACUGAUGUUAACUUAAAGGUGAAGGGUAAAGGGACCCCUGACUAUUUGGUCCAGUCGUGACUGACUCUGGGGUUGCGGCGCUCAUCUUGCAUUCUUGGCCAAGGGAGCCAGUGUAUAGCUUCCAGGUGAUGUGGCCAGCAUGACAAAGCCAUUUCUGGCGAACCAGUGCAGCACACGGAAACACCAUUUACCUUCCUGCCGGAGCAGUACCUAUUUAUCUGCUUGCACUUUGAUGUGCUUUCGAACUGCUAGGUUGGCAGGAGCUGGGACCAAGCAACAGGAGCUCACGCCAUCGUGGGGAUUCGAACCGCCGACCUUCUGAUCAGCAAGUCCUAGGCUCCGUGGUUUAGACCACAGCGCCACCUGCGUUAACUUAGGUUAACCCUAAUCUUGGUUGGCUCCUCCCCAAAAUCUGAAGCGUUGUUCCAGGGACAGCCAAUGUGGUGCCCUGCAGAUGUUUUGAACUACAGCUCCCAUCUUCCCUAAUCACUGACUGUAGGAGAACUGUAGUCCAAAAUUUAUUGAAGACUCCACAUUGGCUACCUGUGUAUGUUAAUCAUAGCUACGGUUUGUGCAUUUGUCAUGACUAACCAUGAUUAGGGCAAGAGAAUUCAUAUACAAGAGGAGUGCAACAAAUCCUCCAGUCCAUUCCUGAUCCUUCAAGGGGCUGACAUUGCUGUGACUACUCCAGCCUCAAAAACAAAAAUGAUGAAAAUCUCAGUGGCUGAAGUCU